CUUCAAUCUAUAAAACCGGUCCUCAGUCAACACGACAUCUCAUUCGACGUGUUUUCUGCAUUAUUUAGUCUUUGAAUAGCGAUGUCACACUGUAACACACACACACAGAGUCUGUGUCUCUGAUACAGUUUGAGAUAUUCGUGAUUGGCCCUCGGCAGCCCCCACUGUGGAGGCGUGGGAGAGAUCGCCGUGGUCUGACCCCACACACACACACAGAGGAUCAAUCUGGACCAUCGAGGGCAACAAAUUGAUUUCCUCUGCCUCCCUUGUGGCAGCCCACUGUGAAUUAAAAAACACAGUUUCUUCCAUCCAUCCGUCAAUCCAAACAAGCUCCAGAUAACAUCCACCUGUCCUCUUCACCUAGGAUGAUGAUGACACAUUUUUGGAACUGUAAUGAUUCAGCCCACAGGUCAUCAAAACAGUCUGUACAAACCCACACAGCUCGUCUGUUACUGGGGCGACAUAACCUGGAGAGACACAAUUACAGAUUCGCUUGGUCUUCUGUGCCAACUUCUCCCGAGAGGGAACGGACCAGAAGGACCUACGGGAGGGAGAAUUUACUCCAACGUUCCCCGGUCACACGGGCUGAUGACAGGGCAGAUGUGUGGAGUAAUAGCACAGUAUAAGCAUGUGAUGUGAGUCAGUGUUGGUUGGAGGAGGAGGAGGGAGCCAGCCAGCCAGCCAGCCGGGCAGGCGCAUCGAUGACACGGACACCGCAGAGACGCUCGCCGCUCCGCUCGUUUCAUGUUCCUGGCUCCAGGCAGCGGACAUCCGGCUGCUCGUGAUCCGAGCUGAGGAUGCGGGAGCAGGCGUGGGCCUCCCGGUUCCCCCGCUGCCUCCUGCUCAUCAUCGCCGCGCUCGCAUCAGCACCCGCCGACGGAGGAGACCUGCGGCCGUGCGAGGAGACGGACUACUACUACCAGUACACAGAGUGUGACAGCAUGGGGUCACGAUGGAGAGUCACCAUCCCUCACAGUCCGGGCUCCUGCUCAGACCUUCCACCGCCGACCAAGGGAACCGACUGCUCCUUUUCCUGUCCAGCUGGAAAGUUUUUAGAGAUGUCCACGCAGCAGUGCACCUCGUGUGCAGCCGGCUCCUACUCCCUGGGAAGCGGCCUCCGUUUUGACCAAUGGGACGCCGUGCCCGCCGGCUUCACCAGCUUGGCCAGCUUACUGGACCCGGGGCCGAACGGAGAGGACCUUCAGGCCUGUAACAGCUCGUCGUGGACGCCGCAGGGCGUGUACCUGGAGUCGAACCGCGACGAGUGCACCGUGUCUCUGGUCUACGCCGUCCAUCUGGAGAAACUGGGCUCGGUCUCCUUCACGUACCAGUACCCCGACAACAACAUCUUCUUCGAGUUCUAUGUCCAGAACGAGCAGUGUCAGGAAAUGGCCCAGACCGACGACCAGAAGUGGAUCAAAGUCACCAGCAACGGGGAGUGGGACACACACACGGUGAGCUUGAAGUCGGGCACAAACAUCCUGUACUGGAGAACCACCGGCAUCCUGGUGGGAGGGAAGAUGGUCAAACCUGUGCUGUUGAAGAACAUCCAAAUAGAGGGUGUGGCUUACACGUCAGAGUGUUUUCUGUGCCGACCCGGCUGGUUCAGCCCGACCCCCGGCUCCUCGUCCUGCCAGCCGUGUCCCAGCAACACGUUCUCCUCGAAGGGGGCGUCCUCCUGCACGCCGUGCCCCCAACACCACUACUCACAUGAGGGAUGGGCCGAAUGCAAAGUGAGGCCGCCGUGCUCGGAGAAUGAUUUCUUCCAGAUCCACACGGCCUGCGACAGCGAAGGGAAGACGCAGGUGCUGUAUCGCUGGGUGGAGCCCAAGAUUUGCGUGGAGAACGUCACCGGGGCCGUGGAGCUGCCCGCCACGGGCCAGAGGGAGCCCUGCCCGCCCUGCAACCCGGGCUACUACAACAGCAACGACUCCACCUGUUUGCCCUGCCCGCGCGGGACCCACUCGGACGGCACCAACGCGUGUGCUAAGUGCCUUGCAGGUACAGAGCCGGUGUUGGGUUACGAGUAUAAAUGGUGGAACGUGCUGCCUUCAAACAUGAAGACUUCCUGUUUCAACGUGGGCAACUCCAAAUGUGACGACAUGAACGGGUGGGAGGCGGCGGGCGACCACGUGCGCAGCGGAGCGGGCAGCUCAGACAACGACUAUCUCAUCCUCAGCCUGCACGUGCCUGGCUUCAAAGUCCCCGCCUCGCUCUCGGGGAUGACCGGUGGCGAGUUUGGCCGCAUCACCUUCGUGUUCGAGACCAUCUGCUCUGGCGACUGUGAGCUCUACUUCAUGAUGGACGUGAACAGGAAGAGCACCACGGUGGUGGAGUCCUGGGAAGGCAGCAAGGGGAAACAGUCGUACUCGCACAGCAUGACCAGGAACGCCUCGGUUGCGUACACCUGGGCCUUCCAGAGGACCAACCGCGCUCUGGACGUGCGUCGGUACGUCAGCGACAUGGUGAAGCUGUACUCCAUCAGCGUGACCAACGUGCUGGACGGGGUGGCGUCGGCGUGUCGGGUCUGCGCCCUGGUCCCCGAGAACUCCCGGCGGGCCGGCUCCUCCUGUGUGCCCUGCCCCGCCGGAUUCUACAUCGACAGGGACACCAACCGGUGCCUGGAGUGUCCGCCCAACACGCACCUGGCCGGACGACACACCUACGGACAGGACACCUGCGUGGCGUGUGGACCAGGAAGUAUCAGCAACAAGGAACACUCCCGUUGCUACAGCGACUGCUCCUUCUCCCACACGGAGAACAACCGCACCUUGACCUUCGACCUCAGCCCCAUGAACGACGUGGCCUCGCUGAUCAUCGGCCCGAGUUUCACCUCCAAAGGCACGAAAUACCUUCACCUGUUCAACAUCAGCCUGUGUGGCCACGAGGGGAAGAGAGCGGCCGUCUGCACGGAUAACGUCACCGACGUGUCGAGCAAGGACGACCAGAGCGACGCGGCGCCGUUCGUCAACUCGGUGGACAGCUUCAUCUGCCAGUCCACCAUCAUCCCGGCGGACGGCCGCGGCUUCAGGAUGGCCAUCUCCUCGCAGUCCAUCAGCCUCGCCGACACUUUUGUUGGGGCGACGGUGGACACCGUCCUGAACGGCAUGAACGCCAAACCAGAUCUGUUCCCAGAAAACUCCAAGGACGUUCCAGACAUCAACUUCUUCUACAGGUCUCUCCAGGCAACAGCCUCGUGUGAUCAAGGCCGGAGUUCGGUCAUCACCGUUCGCUGUAACCCAGAGAAGUCUGAGCGAGGAGAACUCUCCGUGCCCAGCUCCUGUCCUGCAGGAACGUGUGACGGGUGUACGUUUCACUUCCUGUGGGAGAGCGCCGGCGCCUGUCCACGCUGCACCAAGGACGACUACCACCGGAUAGAGGGAGCGUGCAAGGGAGGCGCCCAGGAAACUCUGUACGUGUGGAACGAGCCGAAGCUCUGCACCAAAGGCGAGGCGUUGCCCGCCCGGAGCUCCGCCGCCUGCGAGGCCAUCGCCCUGUGGCUGAAGGUCGGGGUCGGCGGCGGCGCCUUCGUGGCCGCGCUGCUCGUCUCCCUCACCUGCUAUUUCUGGAAGAAAAACAAGAGGCUGGAGUACAAGUACUCUCGCCUGGUGAUGUCCGCCAACAAGGAGUGCGAGCUGCCGGCCGCCGACAGCUGUGCCCUGGCGGAGGGAGAGGAGGCCGACGACGACGUGGUCUACGCCCAGAAGCCCACGCUGCUCGGGAAACUCCGCGCCAUCGCCAACAAGCACGAGGGCGGCGAGCGCAGUGAGUCUGUGCAGCUGAACUCCUCCCGGUCCGAUCGAUGGAUUCUGGGAUAGACGGACGCCUACAAGACGCAGAGGCGGAGUUAAAACGACGGAGGAACAUUCAGUCAGUGAUCGUGUCACUGUCCAGCCUCCUCACGUGUCCUUUGACCAGUGGCACCAGUACAGAUCCCAGUUUUCACUGGAGAACGUUUUCUUGCUGGCCUUUUUACCUGUCGACUCUAGAACACACAGGAAAACACUCUCCUGCUUUAACGCCGUGGAUGCUCCAAAGGGCCGCAACAGAAAAACAAAACAUGCUUUUAAUGGGUUUUUUUUGUAUAUUUUGUAUUUUUAUUUAGCAAUUUUUUUUUGAGUCAUGUAUUUAUAUUAAUGUUACAAUGAUUGAACCUUUAUUAAAAGUCCUCUUUGGCUUAGGGA